UACCAUGUCGCAUAUAGGCUCGGAGAGCAGCGCAGCUAUAAAUAGAGCUGAGAGCCCAACGAGCCUUACACCAACUGAGCGUUCCAAGCCUAGCUAGUAGCUAGCUUAGCUGAGGUCGACCAGCUGCGAUCACUUGGACAGACUGGUCAGUCGUCCAUCCGACGGCGGCAGCAUGGACGACAGCAUGUACAACGCCAUCCUCCUGGCUCUACUAGCCGUGUCCAUCCUGACGUUCCAGCUGCGUCGGGGGGCCUCCCGUCGCCGCCGGCCGCCGGGGCCGCGCACGCUGCCGGUGAUCGGCAGCGUGCACCACGUGGUGAACACGCUGGUGCACCGCAGCCUGCGCGACCUGGCGGCCGUGCACGGGCCCAUCAUGAUGCUCAAGAUCGGGCCCAUGCCGCUGGUGGUGGUCACCUCGCGGGAGCUGGCGCGCGAGGUGCUCAAGGUGCAGGACCCCAACUUCGCGAACCGGCCGCGGCUCCUGGUGGGCGGCAUCUGCGGCUACGGCUGGGCCGACAUCAUCUUCGCGCCCACCAGCGACUACUGGCGGAAGAUCCGCAAGCUCUGCAUCCAGGAGGUGCUCAGCCCCAAGCGGAUCCUCUCCUUCCAGACCAUCCGCGAGGAGGAGGUGGCGCGGCAGGUGGACGCCAUCCGCGCCGCCGCCGGGGCGGGCGGCGGCGGCGCGCCGGUGAACCUGACAAGGAUGCUGUACGACAUCAGCAGCCGGACCAUCUCGAGGUCGUCGUUCGGGGAGGUGCGCCCGGACAUGCCCGUGUUCCAGGACGCCAUCAAGCGCGUCAUCGGCCUGUCCAGCGGCUUCAACGUGCCGGACCUGUUCCCGAGGCUCCGGGAGGUGCUCGGCGAGCUCACCGGGAUGAAGCGCAAGCUCCGGGAGAUACACCGCACGUUCGACGCCAUACUCGUCGACAUCAUCGCCAAGAGGCGCAGGGAGCGCGCCCAGAUGGUGGCCGCCGGGAAGGAGGUCGUCGACGAGAACGUCGUCGACGUCAUGCUCACGCUGCAGAAGAACGACCACGCAUGGGGCUUCCCACUAACGGACAACACCAUCAAAGCUGUCGUCUUGGUAUCUCUAGUUCUUUAUUACUGCAUCUCCUCCACUUUUAGAUCUUCUUCUGUUGAUUAUCUUUUGAUUCGUGAUUCGAUUCCAUCGACAAAAAAUUUAUACAGCACGAGGUAUCUAAUAAUAUAUAUACAACAUGCACAGGAUAUGUUCGCCGGCGGCACGGGCACGUCCGGCUCGUCGACGGAGUGGGCGAUGUCGGAGAUCGUGCGCAACCCGCGGGUGAUGAAGAAGCUGCAGGAGGAGAUCCGGCGCACGUUCCGGGGGAAGGAGAGCAUCACCGAGACGGACCUCCGAAGCAGCGACCUCAAGUACCUGAAGCUGGUGAUGAAGGAGGCGAUCCGGCUGCACCCGGCGGCGCCGCUGCUGGUGCCCAGGGAGAGCAUCGACACGGCGGAGCUCGGCGGCUACGUGGUGCCGGGCGGGUCGCGGAUCGUGGUCAACGCGUGGGCGAUCUCGCGGGACCCGCGCUACUGGAAGGACCCCGAGGAGUUCAGGCCGGAGCGGUUCGCCGAGGACGGCGCCGUCGACUUCUACGGCCUCCACUUCGAGUACACGCCGUUCGGGGCCGGCCGCCGGAUGUGCCCUGGCUACAACUACGGGCUCGCCGGCAUGGAGCUGGCGCUGCUGCAGCUCAUGUAUCACUUCGACUGGAGGCUUCCGCCCGGCGUGGACGAGCUCGACAUGGAGGAGGCCAUGGGGCUCGGCGUACGGAGGAAGAACCCUCUCAUGCUCUGUGCUACUCCCUACGUCCCUGAGCCGGCGUUGCCCGUGGGCUAGUUGAAAAAUGGAGAUCCACUUUUUGGCACGCACCGUAAUAUACCCCUGGAACAAUAUAUGCAUUGACGUGUUGGCGUUUAUGUACAUAGCCUAUUGGCCAGAGGACUCUUCUCGGCCCCCACACACAGUCGAUAAGGCUUAUCGGCGCGAUAUGGCCUACUUUGCUGUACGAGCCAGCCCUCGCCAGAGCCUUGUCGGUCUUUGGAAGGCCGAUAGGGUCCUAUGUCGGCCCUGCAGAGCCGAUAGGCCUCGAUCGGUUAUCCGGCCGGCCGACAGGGUUAUACAUCUAAUCUAUGC